AUGGCGUACUUUCUGCCUUCGUUCUUCCAGAAGCGCUUGCUGAAAUAUGCCUUGUCGCGCCUGGGCAUCGUGGAUACGGAGGCUCUGGAUCCGGAUAAUCUAGGUAUUCGCUGGGGUCAGAGGAGCACGGUCGAACUAAGAGAUAUCGGCCUAAAGUUGGAGAAAUUAGCGACCCUUCUCAACCUCCCGCCGACAUGUACGCUCCUCAACGCCCGUGUCCAACUCCUUCGGAUCACCGUUCCGGCCGACAUUUACAGCAGCGGCAUCAUCUGCGAAGCCUCCGGUAUCAAUGUGCACAUCGUAUUGUCGGAUGAGCCAAGUAAGGGCAAGCAUGGAGGCUCCAAACCCCAAGUAUCGUCGGUACACGACUCGGAGGAAGGACAAAGCCUACCGACCGCUACCAAUCUUGCCGAAUCCUUCCUUGAUGCCGAACCAACGGAGGAAAAGGAAGAGUUGCAGGCAGCGAUAUCAUCGCAGUCUCAUAUCCUGCAGAAGAGCUCUUCCUUCACGGACGAGGAAGAUGAAGAGCUCGGGCUGGGAAAUGAGACAAUGUCUCUGCCAAGUUUCGUUGCGGGAUUCCUCAAGGGUGUGGCGGAUCGGUUACAGUUGAAGAUAAAAGAUGUCAUUGUGCGGCUGGAUAUGGAAUUAAAGCAGGAUGGUCCGUCGAAACGUCAUCCCGAGGACAAGCCAGAUGUCGUUGCGGGAUUGUUGACUGUGGGCGAGAUCGAGGUUCAUGGUACAUCGGAAUAUACCGCGGGCGCUGACGAGCCUUUGCCGAUGCGCGAAGGCAAGCGGCUGAUUUCACUCGUUGAUAUCAACCUUGGUCUUGUGUCCGACUCUGCCGUAUUUUCGAACUAUGCAAGAUUUACGGUGCCUGCAUCCCCGACGACAACGAUGCAGUCCAAGGAGAGUCAAUCCUCAAGCCGAGCGUUUUCGCCUCCGCCGUUGGAGUCAUCCGUAUUAGAAUCAGACCCUGGGCUGGAUAUGACCAGAUCAACUAUAUUCGAGCCAUCACUUGGGAAUGGGUUUGGAAGCGCCAUGGAUCCUGGUCUGGAUCCAUUGACAACUUCUCACGAGAGCAUUUCCCAUGAGACAAUUUCCCACGAUGGCCGCUUCUCAGAUGCGGACUCGGAAACAGAGCAUAGACACGACACAUAUUUCGAAGAUUCCCAAAUUCUUGGGGAUGAUGACCCGUUCCACGAUAACCCUGGGUAUCUGGAUUCGGUCAUUGAUACCCAAUUCGACGACUUUGAUGACGAGCCGCCCGCAGGCUUCCCAACUCAAAGGCCCCAACUCCGAGAGAGCGGCGACAGUUCAUAUCACCUUGGUCUCGCAUUUCGUUCUAACCCCCGACUUGCAGAGUCUACUGAGUUAGGACCUUCUGGAAGAACCUCACUAGUUGACAGUUUGCCCGGCCCGCAGGUCUACAGCCCACAUGUGGAAGGCCAAUUUGGAUUUGAAUCCGGAAUUGAGCCGCAGUCCUCGGGGCCUCAUCAUGAAGAAGAAGCCCUUUCCACCUCUCGCCAAAGCUUCCCACAUUCUCCUCAUCAAGAAUCUUAUCGAAAUUCUGCUCCGCCAUCUGAUUUUGGCAGUGCAUCAUCCGAAGGAGGUGCUGCGGUCGCCAAUUUGACGGAGUCCAAGUACUUCUCCCAUGAUGAGGCACAAAGCUUGUAUAUGAGUGCUAUGGGCCAAGGCACUGGUGAGAGCUUUAUUCCAAACAUGCCAGGUGCAUGGGACUCAUUUCACCCCGGUGAAAAAUCAGCAAGCCCCAUCGGAGUUCGUGAAAUGGGGACGGAACCCAUCCAUGAUGCACAUGUAAGCAACGAUGAGCAAGAUGAACUUACAGCAUCUACGCCAAAGUUGAACGCUCCAAUGGACUCGUACUUUGGUCAGCAACGAGAAGAGAGUCAAUCUCGAUCUCAAACCGCAGCCACCGGCAGGGCUUCUACGCCUUCUUCGCCUGCUUUGCACAAGCCGAGCGAGAUGACGAAGCCUAUCCUCAACGUUGAUAAGAUCCUCAUCUGGUUACCAUCAGCACUGAAUGACGCAGAAUCAGAUUAUGCUGUGCUGAAGGGUCCUGUCGAGCGGACAGAUAGCGAUACCAAGGAUCUCUUCUCUGGUACACGCGAAACAACAGUCGAGGAGAGCAUGUUUGCAUCGAAGAUUAAUGCAGCUACCCGGCCAACGAGAAGCUCCGCCGAUUCCCGACUUUUACCGGGCAAGAAUCAUGCAGAGCACCAACACGGCCACGUCCCAAGCCAAGGUCUUGCUAUAGAAAUAUUCACGUUCUCCGUUCACUUUGAUAUAGCCACUGGUUGGCUUCUUGUCAAGGCAGGCCAGAGAUUGUCGCAAAUAGCUAAUGGCCCCGAGAAAGAGAAAGUCUCAUCUCGAGGUCAGACUCCGCCGGACCAAUCCACUCAGCACACUGCUGUCCGGCUCGAUGUACACAAAUUCGCGGUCAAAUUCAUAGAGCACGUAGCGGGUCAUUCCUACUCUCCGAAAAGCGUGGGUACACCGGCACCACAGCCCUUCACAUCUAUGGAAGAGAUUGUCCUCCAGAUCACUGCGUCUAGUCUGAUAGCGAAUCUCUCCGCAAAUGAGAAGCGAACGAAUCUUCAUCUCGAUGUCUCGAAAUUUGCGUUUGGAACUGCUUCUGACGAUCUCAUCUCAUUUAACGAGUCUUUGAAAAUGCGUGAAUCUACUCGGGACAUAACAACGCCUUCUCAGGGUGAUAUCUCCCUUUCUUUAACUAAGUCGACAGACUCCGCCAAGGUCGAUGUCUCAACUCUGCCCCUUCAUAUCAAUCUGAAUGUCCAGCACCUAGAAGAGGUUCUUGGAUGGAUGGGCGGUUUGAGUACUAUUCUGGAACUGGGAAGUUCCAUGUCCUCUACAUCCACAAUGAGAGGGGCCCAGAAGCCGCCGAAAAAGCGCCCACGUGGUGUGCAUUUCGAGACUCCAGCUCCGUCCACCCACAAAGACCACAAAGAUUUACAGGCCUCGGUUCCCUGGAAGGUUAACGCGCGACUUGGGGGCGUUGUGCUAGAUAUCACCGGCGAGACGCAUUAUCUCACUCUCAGCACGACUGCGGUGAAAAUUGUCAGUCGAUUUGAAGGUGUUGGUGUCCAGGUUGACAAGGCAAGAAUUAGUGGACCGCAUCCACUCGAUGACAUGUCUGAUGCACCCGCAAAGGUCACUCUGGACAACAUUAGAGUCGAAUUCUUGUUCGCACCCAAGGAAGUGGACCUUGAUCGUCUCUUGACCUUGAUUACGCCGUCCAAGGACAAAUACGACGAUGAUGACGAUAUCAUGCUUGAUACUUUGCUUCGGCAACGAAGGCAAGGAUCCGUUCUUCGUGUAACAGUCGCAGGCAUGAAGACCGUCAUUUCCAGCACUGCUGGCUUGGCUCCCCUCGCCUCCCUCGGAUCCGAGCUAGGUCGCCUGUCGAAUGUGACGAAGUACCUCCCAGAAGACGAUCGUCCUGGAAUCCUUACCUUGACGCUGAUCAAAGAGUUCGACACGCAAGUGCAUGUCGGCGGAGAUGUUGGCGAUAUUAAUGCGCACCUCACGAAUGUGGAGGUCGCGUGGAUCAGCAUGCCCUCGCUGACUGCUACGCAGAUUGGCACAGUAACUAUCAUGAGGAACCACAAGGAAGAGCUCGUCGGCGAAGCCCUGCUGUUAAGCAAAGAAAAUUCUCUGAUUACACCGCGCCCACCCGUGCUCAUGGCGCGUUUUAUCCCCGAUGAGAUGGAUCCUACCUUCAAGAUCAAAUUACACCACCUGCGUGUCGAGUAUACAAUUCCCUCUGUCAUGGCAUUCUUAGGGCGUGGUCAAGAUACAACGGGCGGAGAGCUGGCCGGUGAGAUGGCGAACUCUAUCGCUAAUCUUGCGGAACACUCUGAUCGAAUCGCAUUUUCUCCAUCAAGAUCCGAGGCCUCGGGUGCGUCUAGCAAACCGACAAAGCUAGCUGUCGUUUUUCAGGACUGCGUGCUUGGUCUGAACCCGCGCAAUUCUCCUGCUAAAGGACUCGUGGUACUUACAAAUUCGAAAUUCAGCGGUACUUUACAUGGCGAUGAAUCGUCGGAAGCGUCCCUUGACAUCAGAAAGGCGUCCAUCAUGAUAAUUGACAAUGAGGCAAAUGCAGGCAGUGCUGACAACCUCCGCCAGCGCACUUCGGCCGUUUCUCAGAGCGACCAGGUCCAUGAAUAUAUUGAGAAAGGAUAUGUCCCGGUCUCGUCCAUUUCUACUGCGACAGUAGUGGUCAAGAUAAUGCGUCUCGCAGAGGAUGGGGCCAAGUCGCUAGACGUUGAGUUGAAGAAUCGUCUUUUGAUUUUAGAGACGUGUGCCGACUCAACACAGACGCUCAUUAGUAUUCUGAACGGCCUGCAACCUCCUACGCCACCGAGUGUCACUGUCAAAUAUCGUACCGAGGUCACCCCGAUCCAAGACAUGCUUGCCUCUUUCUCGGGAAAUGCCUUCAAUGCUGAUCUCUCUCUCCCUUUGGGUGAAAAGGUUGAUCCCGCACUUGAUCUUGGAGGCAUCCCUGAAGAGGACGAACUCUCCAACGACGAACUUGAAUAUGUCAGCGACUUCUACCCCAAGCAGCAGGGUGCAUCUAUCGGAGACGUGAACAUCGAGCCGACAGCGACGGGUAGUACCAAUGAACUCAUCGAUAGCUUUCAUUCUCAGUACCAUGUCUCCUCAAGUCUCACCGAGCUUGACUUUCAGGAGGACCACUUUGCAAAACAGUCUGCGGUUGGGGGCACUGCGCAUCGCUGGGAUUCUACAGAGAACACGUACGGUUUGUCAAACGACACAAAGCUUCAGAAGAGUCCUCUUCGCGUUAGAGUUCGAGACGUGCACGUGAUUUGGAAUUUGUUCGAUGGCUAUGACUGGCAGCGAACUAGAGAUGCCAUCUCGAAAGCAGUCGAAGAUGUUGAAAUUAAGGCUACUGAACGACGUGCCCGAACCUCCCGCAUGUCUCCCGCAGCUGAAGAUGAAGAAGAAUCCGUGAUUGGCGACUUCCUCUUCAACUCAAUCUAUAUCGGUAUUCCUGCGAACAAAGACCCCCGAGACCUCCACCGGGAAAUCAAUCGCGACAUUAACGACCUUACAAGCGAGACUGGUAGCUAUGCCACAUCCACUACCGUCACUGGUGCAACUGCACGCCAGGGUCGAUCAGCACCGGGACGAGAAAAGAAGAGACUUCGCUUGCAUCGUAGCAAACAUCACAAGAUGACCUUUGAGCUCUCCGGUAUUUGUGCAGACCUGGUCGUAUUCCCGCCGGGAUCGGAGGAGACGCAAAGCUCUCUGGAUGUACGGGUGAAAGAUCUAGAGAUCUAUGACCAUGUGCCGACUUCGACAUGGAAGAAGUUUGCCACAUAUCUGCAUGAGGCCGGAGAGCGGGAGAGCGGGACGAGUAUGGUCCACUUGGAGAUUUUGACCGUGAAGCCUAUUCCGGAACUCGCGGCCUCCGAGAUUGUUCUCAAGGCUACCGUUCUACCGCUUCGGCUACACGUCGAUCAAGAUGCCCUGGACUUCAUGAGUCGCUUCUUUGAGUUCCGAGAUGAAUCAAUGGAAGCCGAGGGUACCCCUGGAGAUGCUCCAUUCCUGCAGCGUGUCGAGGUCAAUGCUAUCCAAGUCAAGUUAGACUUCAAGCCCAAGCGAGUGGACUACGCGGGGCUCCGGUCCGGUCGCACGACCGAGUUCAUGAACUUCUUCGUCCUGGAUGGCUCCGAUAUGGUACUACGACAUGUCAUCAUCUACGGAGUGUCUGGAUUCGAUCGACUCGGCAACACUCUCAACGACAUCUGGAUGCCAGAUGUCAAGGCCAACCAGCUUCCUGGGGUUCUUGCCGGUCUCGCGCCCAUCCGAUCAUUAGUUAACGUAGGUGGCGGUGUACGACAACUGUUUGACGUCCCGAUGCGCGAGUACAAGAAAGAUGGCCGGAUCGUACGCAGCAUCCAAAAGGGCGCGGCUGCAUUUGCCAAGACGACAUCCAACGAACUUGUCAAGCUGGGAGCGAAAUUAGCCAUCGGCACGCAAACCGUCUUACAAGGCGCAGAGGACCUACUGACUUCUCCGAAUGGCCCGUCCGCCACUUCCGAGGAAGACCGCGGUGACGAGGAGGAGGCCAAAAAGAUUUCUCUGUAUGCCGAUCAGCCGAUUGGAGUUGUGCAGGGCUUGCGGGGUGGCUUUAGUGGUCUCGAACGCGAUCUCCUCCUGGCGCGCGAUGCGAUUGUCGCGGUCCCUGGUGAAGUUGUGGAGAGUGGGAGUGCAAAGGAUGCCGCGAAAGCAGUCUUGCGACGCGCCCCGACAGUUAUUCUUCGACCUGCCAUUGGCGUCUCUAAAGCCGUUGGGCAGACGCUCCUUGGCGCUGGAAAUUCGCUGGAUCCGAGUAACCGGCGCAAGAUGGAAGAUAAAUAUAAACGUCACUAG